UUUGACAUAUAAGGGCAUGUCGGCAUGUCAACACCUGACGUCUCUCCGUCUAAAAACAGACCAGGGCUCAUUUUGCAGCCUCAGGCCUCUUCUUCGCUUCGCUCUUGGCUCUCUUGGACUCGAUCGCCUUUCCAUUUCCUCCUCCUCUUCCUCCUCCUCCUCUUCCUCCUCCUCCUCCUCCUCUUCAUCAUGGAGAGUCUGGAGAAGCAGCUCAUCUGUCCGAUCUGUCUGGAGACGUUCACCAAGCCGGUGGUCAUCCUGCCGUGUCAACACAACCUCUGCCGCAAGUGUGCCAACGACGUGUUCCAGUAAUAAAUGGUUUUACAUGAACGUGCCGCUCCAGGCGUCCAACCCCUACCUGUCCACCAGGAGCGGCUCCACGCUCACAUCUGGCGGGCGGUUCCGUUGCCCGUCCUGCCGACAUGAGGUGGUUCUGGAUCGACACGGGGUCUACGGACUGCAGAGGAACCUGCUGGUGGAGAACAUCAUCGACAUGUACAAGCAGGGGAGCACCAGCAGGCCGGCCCCAGAGGAGAAGCUGGAGCAGCCCAUGUGUGAGACCCAUGAGCAGGAGAAGAUCAACAUCUACUGCGUCACCUGCAGCGCGCCCACCUGUUCCCUGUGCAAAGUGUUCGGAGCCCACCAGGACUGUGAGGUCGCUCCUCUGGACCACGUCUUCCUCAAGCAGAAGGCCGAGCUGACUGACUGUAUCUCCAUGUUAGUCGGUAACAAUGAGAGGACUCAGGCCGUCAUCAGUCAGCUGGAGCAAACCUGCACCACCGUCACUGAGAACAGCCUCAGGCAGCAGUCCCAGGUGAGUGCGGCGUUGGACCAGCUGUUCUUGCGUUUGGAGGAGCGUAAAGCAGAGAUGACUCUGAGGAUCAACACGGAGCAGCAGGAGAAGCUGGACUACAUCCAAGGUCUGAGGAGGAGCUACAGCGAGCACCUGGAGAGCACCGCCGAGCUGCUGGAGACCGCCAUCCAGACCAUGGACGAGGCCGAGAUGGCCGUGUUCCUGCAGAUGACCAAACCUCUGCUCCAGAAGAUCCUGGAGGGGGCCGACACGUCUCACAUGGAGAAGAUCCAACAUGGCUACGAGGAUCUGGAGCACUUCACCGCUGACUUUGAGGGUCAGAGGAGAGCGCUGGCGAAGGUCGACUUCCUCCAACAGUACGAAGACGAGGACGAAGCAGCAGGUGCCAGAGGGACCUCAGCCAAUCAGCAGCCUCCUGGUCAUCCUGGUCAUCCUGCAGAUGUUCAGCUCUCAGCCCCGCCCCCUUGGAGACUCUCUGAGACUCCGCCCAUCAUGACAUCACCGACAAAGAAAACCACCUCCUCGACCACCCAGGCUCCGCCCCCUCUACCCAUCCCUAUCGCAAGCCCCACCCCUCAUUCUGACCAGCAGAACGAGUCAGAGGACACAGAAGGACCGAAGCACGUCUUCUCCUUCAGCUGGCUCAACCAGAAGUAGAACCUCCUCCUGCUUCAGCUGGCUCAACCAGAAGUAGAACCUCCUCCUGCUUCAGCUGGCUCAACCACAAGU